ACACCACGAUGCCGCCUGGGACGGUGAGCUCGAGUGGGGUAUCUGGCGGUAGCCAGGCCACCAGUGCCGCUUCCACAACGCUGAAGCCUGACACCAGCUUUACAAGCAUUGUCACAGAGAGCAGCAGUGCUGGCUCUGUGUCUCCGUCAGCAAGACUGUUGACAUCUGUAUUUACUACUUUUUUGGAUCCUUUAUAUAUUUCAAGUGUUAUUGCAUUCACAUCUCAUAGUGCGCCUUUACCUGGAUUUUGCUCUCCGGUUUCUCUCUCCAUACAGCUGGAGAAUGUGACCAGUAGAACAAUACAGUUCAACUGGAAACCUCAAGGUGGCACAAGAGACAGUCCUUAUCGUGUGCGUCUCUGGGAUGGAUCUAGAGAAAUUGAGAAUAAAAACUUAAAUGAAACUAGUACUGUAUUUGAAGGUCUGCUCUCUGAUCAUGAAUACCAAAUAUCUGUGGAUGUUUUAACUUGUUCUAAGAAUGUCAGUACAUCGAUGACCAUUCGGACAGCGGCUAAAGUCUUUAAUGGAACAACUAGGAUUACCAAUGAAGACUUCAAACCUGAAUAUCUGAACAAAUCAAGUACAGAAUUUAAGAAAUUUGAAACUAAGUUCAUUGAGGAGAUAAAAAAACAUCUGCCACCAAUGAUCCUGAAGUUAAUAGAGGAAGGAAAAAUGCGUAUUGUAAUUAAUAGCCUCAGGAAUGGCAGUGUGAUUGCAUCCUUCAGCAUUGUGUUGGAUGAAGGAGAAAAUGUAACAAAGACAGACGUUUCAGAUGCUUUUACAGAGGCCCUUAACAUGAGUACAGUACUGGAAGUUGAUCUUAAAAAGACUGUUAUAGAAGCAAGGAAUAGUUGUCAGCCAGGAUUAAAUGACUGCUCACCAAAUGCUACCUGCAGUGCUGAAGGAGCAACUUAUUCCUGUCAAUGCAACGAAGGAUUCACAGAUAACAGCCCUCCAGUUCCAGGGAGAGUUUGCCAACUAAAGCAGAAUCCACCUCCAUACAAGAUAACUACAGUCCCUCCAGGAAGCACCCUGGGUAGAUCUACAGGAACUAAAACUGGUUCUGUUUUUGCUACCACAUUUACAACAGGAGCUUGCAUGCCGGUGUUCAUUAAAGUUGAGAAUGUGACUGGGGAGAAAAUACAACUCAGCUGGACCUCAGCAGACAGCAGGAGAGGCAGUCUCUACAACAUCUUCCUCAUGGAUGGAAUACGAGAGAUAAAUAAAACUACUACAAAUGAGACAACAAUAAUGUUUAAACAUCUGCUUCCUGGUCAUGUAUACACAAUAUCUGUGGGAGUAUUAUCUUGUGCUGAGAAUAGCAGGACUUCAGUGAGUGUCCAAACAGAUCCUGAUUCCUGUUUCAGCAGAACUGAUUUUUGCUUAUCACAGAACCGUGGCUGUCCAGACCUAAAAUACAUUAUAUGCUCAAACUACCAAUCCUUUGCCUGCAGAGCUUUGUUAAAAAGCCAGACGUUUAACAAUUCCCUUUAUGACACCAGUAGUGGAAGCUACAAAACAAUGUCUGAAAGUAUCAAAACAGAAAUUGUUAAAGAAAUGCGCAUCAAACUGAAAGAUGAUCAUUUUGAUAUUCUGGUGCUUGGAUUCAGACCCGGGAGUGUGAUUGUUGAUUUUAUUUCUCUACUGCAAAAACAAGAGCCUGUUGAUGUGGAUACUGUGCAGGAAUACCUAAGCCAAAUAUUUAAGAGCAAGUUUGGUAAUCAAACUGAAGUAACAGUACAAUCUCUGUCUACUCAGUCAUCAACUGGAAGAAGUUCUUCCUGGAAAGUGGCAGUGAUUGUCCUUGGAGUUUUAUUUGGAGUUGCUUUAGUGCUACUUUUUCUGCUAAUAUUGGUUUAUAUUUGGAAGAGGAAAAGAUCAGGUAAAUACCUGGUUGAACCUACUGGACUCCUGGGAAAUUUUGUCUACAAGCACUUGUAAUCUCCUGGAUGAAUCUUGCCAAGGACCUGGGUAAGCAGAAAGGUGGAGCUGUCUAGGUGCUGGCCUCAACAAAUGCAGGCUGCUUUAGUUCAGGUUGCAAUAUUGUCCCAGUGGAAAUCACAGCUAGCCAUGAUUUCUGCCCUGGGCUUAGCAGCAGUGUUGGUGUGAGGCCAAUGGCCUGUGCUGUUUGCAUGAGCACCUCGGUGUGAUUAACAUUUAUUAAAAUUAUUUCUUGAAUGUUUUAAAUAUGGCUGCUUUUUGCUGUUAUUUUCUCUGAGUGGAAAAAUAACAUUUAACAAUGCAUUCUGUCAGUAAAUAUAAGUUCUCUGGUGAGUUGUGUUGAAAAUAUCAACGAGCUUCUUUGCUUAUGUUAAUACUUUUUCAUUUUCUUUGUGGGGUCUACUUUGAACAGCAAUAUCUUAUUGUUGAUAAAGCUUUCUAAUGUCCUUGCAAUAAUGUUGAACUAAAGACCAUGUACAGCAGGGUUGUACUAUGGAAUUCUGGGAACAGUCUCUGUAAAAUGCCUUUAUCUCUGAAGAAAUGUGGUAUUUUAAAUUACUUUUU